CCAAAACUGACACAGUUCAAAUCUGUUACGGAAAACAAUUGCCGAGAAAUUAUUGAAACCUGUGAAGCAUUCUUACAAAAUUGCUAGUGAUUUUGAAAAUGAGUAACGAAGAGAACAUUCACACAACAGAAAAGUCAAUGGAAGAUGAGGAAGAGCUCAAUGGAACAAAGCAGCAAAAAGAACAGGGAUCAUCCACGUUACAAGAGGAAACUAAUGGAUGUUUAAAUUCGGUUAGCUCAAAGGAUGAUCAUGCAAAUUAUCAGAAACAGGAAGCGAUAUCUUUGAAUGGUAUGACAGCCGUCAUAAUCAAUGGAGAUGGUCAUCCUUCGUCCAGCGAAGCUAAAGAGGAUCCUACAACUAUGCGGACAUAUGAAGGAGGAGGACCGUUCGCAAUCGAACUCGAUGAGAGGGACCAAGCUGAAGUGGUGAUAAAAUCGGCCAAAGAGAGGCUUCGCGACAAGGUUUUUGUGCCACGCAAUUCUCUACUGACCGAUCUGUAUCAGGUGUCACACUUCAACACCAUCUAUCACAUUUUUAUCGCAUUUUUGGUGAUCCUUGUCCUGCACACGCUGGUCUACGACUUUGUCGAAAGUGGCAGAAUCAAUUUAGGAUUGGGACCCAUUACUGCUGGUUUCGGCAAAUUUCACUAUGCGAGCUUGAUAUGGUUUUCAAUGCUGUUUUCCACGCUAGGUGCUUACGCAGUGUUUGGAAUUUGGGUCCGAAUGAGAAGAACCUUCAGGAAGGCUCAUCUGAACCGACUCUGGAACAUCGGGGGAUUUACGAGUUUCGUUUUGUAUCAGUGCAUUUUCAUGGCGCUAGUUAUUCAGGUCCUUUUGAGACUGGAUCUGCCUCCCGCAUCUUCGGUUGUAGUUUUGGCGGAAAUGACUCGUUUUAUUAUGAAAUUCCAUGCAUUCGUGCGCAGUAACAUGCGUCGCUUAUCGGAUAUCGAUAAAAUUCUGAAAGCAACUAACCAAGCCCAGCCAAAUCACUCCGAGGCAAAACUUGAAUUAUCGUUUUCACACUACAUCUACUUCCUGUUCGUUCCUGUUCUAGUUUAUAGAGACGAGUAUCCUCGAACGGAACGUAUUCGAUGGUCUGUAGUGUUCCAACACGUACUCGAAAUUGUUGGAAUAAUUUUCUACAUCAGCUUUUUAUUGGAACGCUUCUUGAUGCCGUUAUUUCAGGACAUUGGCAAGGAACAGACUAGUUUGGUACAUCUCAUACUUAACAUAUUCCGCAGUAUCGUGCCGGCAUCAUUGAUAUACAUGUGUUUGUUCUACUGCAUGUUACAUUCGUGGAUGAAUACCCUCGCGGAAUUGCUUCAAUUUGCUGAUCGACUGUUCUACCGGGACUGGUGGAAUGCCUCGUCCUUCCCCGAUUAUAUCCGUGCAUGGAAUGUGAUCGUGUAUGAUUGGUUGUACACUUACGUCUACAAGGAUUCGGCCGAGCACUGGUUCAAAAACUGCCGUCCCUUGGCAAUGGUCCUAGUAUUUACUCUUUCGGCGUUUUACCACGAAGUUAUACUGGCCUUUGCCUUCCAGUUCUUUUACCCGGUGAUGUUCAUGCAGUUCGCGAUCAUAGGACUAAUUUUGAUGUUUUCGAUGAAGAACUUUGGUAAAAGUUUAGGGAAUAUCUUUCUCUGGACUUUGCUGCUUUUUGGAAGUGGUAUACUUUUAAGUUUGUACAGCAUGGAAUACUAUGCUAGGAGAAAUUGUCCCAUCAGCGACAGGUCACUGUCAGGUUACUUGACACCAGUGUCGUGGUCUUGCAACGGAAUAUUCGGAAACACCAACUGGACUGUGAGCGAUCCAUGAUUGGAGGAUUAAUCUUCUCACGAUCGACAAAGUUUUCUCAGAAGCUUGAAAUCUACGCAUGAAGGCUAUUUAAAAAGCAAUCGGUUUCAUUCUGGCGUUAUUGGGUUUUUUUUAACUUGGCUACAAUCUGUAAAUAAAUAUAACAUUAAAUCUGAAAAAAAUCUUAGAAAUUUUAUUCAUAGAAAGUAAGAGAUAUAUUAAAGG